UCAAAGAAGACCAGAGAGACUUUGCCCAGGUGCUGAUAUGGAGCAGGUGUCAUCAACAGGCAGACCCGUGCAGAUCACUGUGACAGAUGGAUAUGACUUGAAAGGUUUUAAAGGAGAUACUCCAGUUACCUUUAUCCGUGCAGAAUUCAAUCAGGUGGUUCUGGGAGACUCUGCAAAAAUUGCUGUUUCUCCAGAAGGAACUGCAAAAUACAACUUCACUUGCAGUUUUGAGUUCAAUCCUGAAGGAGGAGUCACUUUACAUGACCUCGCCCACAAACCUGUGUUCUUAACGAUGACUGAAGUUUUACCAAAGGAAAAGAAACAGAAAGAGGAGAAGACCAUGAUUCUUGGUCAAGCUGUGGUGGACCUUCUUCCUUUACUGGAAGGAGAGAGUUCGUUUGAAACGAUGGUCCCAUUGCACCCUGUGCCAGGCUCGCCCUUGGAAGCUCUUCGAUCAGGUAUUAAGCAGUGCAGUCUUGAAGUUAAAGUAUUUGUGGCGGAGCCCUUAUUGACCACAGCCCAGAUCUCAGGAGGCAAUCUCCUGAAGGUCACAUUGGAGGCUGCCUACUCUGUGCCCGAAUCCUUCAUUCCAAUGGGGCUGCUGCAGAACUUCAUGGUUGGUCUGCAAGUUCCAUCAGCUGGAGAGAAAGACUAUCCCAUUUUCUUCAAGAAUGGAACUCUGAAGCUUGGAGGGGAAAGAGAACCUGUUCCUCGGCCCAAAAAAUGGCCUAUUGCCAACAUUCUGGCUCCGGGAGCUAAUAACAUUCCUGAUGCUUUCAUCGUUGGUGGGCCCUAUGAGGAAGAAGAAGGGGAACUCAACCAUCCUGAGGACAGGGAAUUUAGGAACCAAGCAGAGUGCAUAAAGAAAAGGAUUACUUGGGACUUGGAAAGUCGCUGCUACCUUGAUCCUCCUGCAGUGAUCAGUUUUCAGAAGCGAAUUGCUGAUUGCCGAUUUUGGCCUGUAGAGAUCACAAGGGUUCCUCUGGUUACUGUACCCAAAGGGAAAUCUGCUAAAUUUGAGAAGACUGAUGAUGAAGGUCGGCUUUCAUUUCAUGGUGUGGCUUAUGUUAAUAUGGUGCCAUUGCUGUAUCCAGGUGUGAAGAGGAUUCGGGGAGCUUUUCAUGUUUACCCUUACUUAGGUAGCACAGUCUAUGAAAAGACCAAGUGUUCAUUUAGCUUGUUCCGGGAUACUGGCCAUCAUUUGAUUCAGAAUAAUAAAAUAGGAGGAAUUAAUUCUCCAGUGUCCAAACCAGUUAUUUCUAAGAACCUGAAAGAAGAGAAAACAGUCAAAGAAAAGGAUAUGGAAGCAAGGUCUAGGCCUGGGGAUGUGCAAGCACCUAGUAUAAAAUCUCAGAGCUCAGAUACUCCUUUGGAAGUUGAACCCUCUCUUUGCAACAAUCCAGAAGGACAGCAAUAUGUAGAAGCAGGGACAUACAUUGUGUUGGAGAUUGAGCUGGACAAAGCCUUGGUUCCAAAGCGAAUGCCGGAGGAACUAGCCAGAAGGGUCAAGGAAAUGAUACCUCCAAGGCCGCCUCUUACCCGUCGGACGGGAGGAGCUCAGAAGGCGGUGAGUGACUACCACAUGCAGAUCAAGAACAUUUCUAGAGCCAUUCUGAAUGAGUAUCACAGGAUGUUUGGAAAACAGGCAGUCAAAGUGGGGAGUGAUCUGGAUAGUGAAACCCUGGAGGAGCAGAAGUGCCAGCUCAACUAUGAACUUAAUUGCUCUGGAAAAUACUUUGCUUUCAAAGAACAACUCAAGCAUGCUGUGGUAAAGAUUGUGAGAGAGAAGUACUUGAAGACAACAGCAUUUGAAAGCCAAGAGGAGCUGCAGAAAUUUAUUAGUGAGCUCUAUGUUUUCUUGGUGGAUCAGAUGCAUGUGGCCUUAAAUCAAGCCAUGCCAGAUGAUGUCCAAGGCACUCCUUCAACCAUUUAUACCAGCAGUGAACAGCUUCGACUCUUUGCAUUUGAAGCAGAAGUCAAUGAGAACUAUGAAAUGGCAACAGUGUACUAUGAAGAGAGGUUGGUUCGUGAGCCCCAGAACCUGGAGCACUGGCUGGACUACGGUGCCUUCUGCCUCCUAACUGAAGACAAUAUCAAAGCACAAGAGUGUUUUCGGAAAGCCCUUUCCCUGAACCAGAAUCAUAUCCACAGCUUGUUGCUGUGUGGUGUCCUGGCUGUCCUGAUGGAGAACUAUGAACAGGCAGAAAUUUUCUUUGAAGAUGCUACUUGCUUGGAGCCAACUAAUGUUGUAGCCUGGACUUUACUUGGCUUGUACUAUGAAGUUCAAAACAAUGAUAUUCGAAUGGAAAUGGCAUUUCAUGAAGCCUUCAAACAGCUUCAGGCACGAGUGCUUCAGGCACAAGUUACGAAGCAGAGGAGCACCGGUACUGUGGAGUAUGUUGAAGAAGGAGGGAAAGACGACUCCUGUUUAGGCCCUUGGGGAAUAACCAGUGGUUCUUCUACAGCAGCAGUCAAGGUGGAAGUCCCAGCAGGACUAGGAGCUCCAUUAUCCAUUCUAGAUGAAUUUCUUGAUGAAUCCUCUAACCUGCAGUCUGAGUCACAUGAACCCAUUUUGUCUGUACAGUCUCAGGAUCCAACUACCAGCCAAAAACCAUCCAACACAUUUAUGAAGGAGAUACCAUCAAAAAAAGAAGCAUCAGAAUGUCAAGAGUCAUCUACUUGUCUGCAUCCCACCCUUUAUAGUGUUUCCCAAACUCCUGCCACCAUCUUCAUGGAGACCAUACGCUUCUUGAUGAAGGUCAAUGCUGUGCAGUAUGUACACAGAGUGCUUGCACAUGAGUUAUUAUGCCCUCAUGGAGGCCCCAGCUGUGAGUAUUACUUGGUGCUGGCCCAGACACACCUACUCAAGAAGGAUUUUGCUAAAGCAGAGGAAUACCUUCAGCAAGCAGCUCAGAUGGACUACCUGAACCCUAACGUCUGGGGCGUGAAAGGCCAUCUCUAUUUUCUGAGUGGAAAUCAUGCUGAGGCCAAGGCAUGCUAUGAGCGAACCAUUAGUUUUGUAGUGGAUGCUUCUGAGAUGCACUUCAUCUUCCUGCGACUGGGGCAGAUAUAUCUGGAAGAGAAAGAGUACGAAAAGGCAAAGAAAACCUACCUGCAAGUCUGUAAGAGAUCGCCUUCAUGCCUUACCUGGCUAGGACUGGGAAUCGCCUGUUAUAAGCUGGAUGAGCUCACAGAGGCUGAGGAUGCUCUCUCUGAAGCCAAUGCACUGAACAACUACAAUGCUGAAGUAUGGGCAUAUCUGGCCCUGGUCUGCCUGAAAGCUGGACGGCAACUGGAAGCUGAGCAGGCCUACAAGUACACGAUGAAGCUGAAAUUGAAAGAUGAGAGUCUGCUUGCAGAGAUCCACAUGGUACAGGAGACAGUUGGCUUUGGAAAUCCAUCUUUCUGACAUCCUUCCACCUGAAGAAUUUUCUGUAUGGGACACUGAGCUCCUUUCCUUCCCAGAGAAAUUAUACCCUGGAUGUUUCACCAUAUGAGGGCUUGGGAUAAAGAAAAAAGGAUCUUCAGCACAAACUGAAACCCAUUCACUUAUUUCCAUUGGCUAUCUUACUGGAUGUCUAUGUUACUGGAUGUUUUAGUGGUUGACAGUAAACUGGAUGGCAAUAAAAAAAUCUAAAUAAGA